CCCAUCGGCAAGAACCAGGAGCGCGGCCCCUUCAAGAUCAACGACGACGGUGACCUCGUCUUCGCUGCUGGUGGUCUGACCGGCGAUGUUGGUUUCCAGGCUUGCCCCGGCGCUGUUGGCGGAGGCUGGAAGAUCUGGCUUUCUGGUGUAGACAAGCCUGCUGGUUCUGAGGGAUGCACUCCCUUCACCAUGAAGGCGCUUAAGGAGACCGAGCCUAAGAAAUGCCUUUACUCUUCUGCUCCUGCUUAG